GCACUGGAAAAAAAGUCCAGUAAAAGCCCAACUGUAGCAAGAUGGGAUCUGCCUCCUCAACUUACCGGCCCAAGUGUAUUUAUUUGGAUAUUGAUGGAAGAAUUCAAAAGGUGAUCUUUAGUAAAUACUGCAACUCCAAAGAUAUUAUGGACCUCUUCUGCAUUGCAACGGGAUUACCAAGGAACACAACAAUCUCUCUUUUGACGGCAGACAAUUGUAUGGUAUCCAUUGAUCCGACAAUGCCCGCAAACUCAGAGAGGUCUCCAUACAAAGUAAUACCUGUUGCCACUGGGCGACUCUCAGAGAAAGAAGAAUUGCUCCAGAAUUUAUUGGGACAGAUUGCCGAGCAAUUCUCAAGGGUUUUUAAAAUCAAUGAAAUGAAAACGGAAGUAGCUAAUCACUUGGCAAUGCUGGAGAAAAAAGUUGAAUUGGAAGGCCUGAAAGUAGUGGAGAUUGAGAAAUGCAAGAGCGACAUUAAAAAGAUGAAGGAGGAAAUGGCAGCUAGAAGCACCAGGACUAACUGUCCCUGCAAGUACAGCUUUUUGGACGAAAACAAGAGGCCAACUCCCCGGCGGGAUGUGCCCUCCUACCCAAAGUACAUGCUGUCCCAAGAGACCAUCGAAGCGCUUCGGAAACCAACCUUUGACGUUUGGCUGUGGGAGCCCAAUGAGAUGCUGAGUUGUCUAGAACAUAUGUACCAUGAUCUUGGACUGGUUAAAGACUUCAACAUCAAUCCUAUCACAUUAAAGAGGUGGCUGCUGUGUAUUCAUGACAAUUACAGAAACAACCCCUUCCAUAACUUCCGGCACUGCUUCUGCGUGACCCAGAUGAUGUACAGCAUGAUCUCACUCUGCAGUCUCCAGGAGAAAUUUUCCCAAAUUGACAUCUUGAUUCUCAUGACCGCAGCAGUAUGCCAUGACUUGGAUCACCCUGGUUAUAACAAUACCUAUCAGAUAAAUGCACGAACAGAGCUUGCAGUACGCUACAAUGAUAUCUCCCCACUGGAGAACCAUCACUGUGCCGUGGCUUUCCAGAUCAUUUCUCAGCCAGAAUACAACAUUUUCUCCAAUGUUGACCAGGACCAGUUCAAACAGAUAAGACAGGGAAUAAUUACACUGAUCCUGGCUACAGACAUGGCAAGACAUGCAGAAAUACUGGACUCUUUCAAGGAAAAAAUGGAAAAUUUUGAUUACUCUAAUGAAGAACACAUGACUUGUCUGAAGAUGGUACUGAUAAAAUGCUGUGAUAUCUCCAAUGAAGUCCGCCCGAUGGAAGUAGCAGAGCCCUGGGUAGACUGCUUACUAGAGGAAUAUUUUAUGCAGAGCGACCGAGAAAAAUCUGAGGGGCUUCCAGUGGCACCUUUUAUGGACCGCGAUAAAGUGACCAAACCAACGGCACAGAUUGGAUUCCUUAAAUUUGUUCUCAUCCCCAUGUUCGAAAUGGUGACAAAGCUGUUCCCAGAAGUGGAGGAGGUGAUGCUCCAGCCUCUUUGGGAAUCCAGGGACCACUAUGAGGAAUUAAAACAGAUAGAUGACGCUAUGAAAGAGUUGCAGAAAAAGAAAAGUGAAAGCUUGACCACCGGAAGCACCGAAAAGUGAGAAGAAAAAGACUAUGAGCGAAGUAUAAGUCCCAAGGUUAUUUUGUUUUUCGAAAUUAUCAUCUUUGCCAAGUAGACAUGGUGGCUACAUCAACAACCACCUGGGAACAUGUCCUCCAGAGAGGUGGCAAGCAUGGGUGCCCAGCUUACCAGCCACCCUUCGCCUGUGGGUCUGUAGCCUGCAGACUGCUUGCACAGGCACCGCCACAGGCAGGCACUGACGGCUCCCCUUGCUCCAGAGCAUGUUGCACAGCCCCCCAGCAGGACCCCCCUGCGGACAUUGUGAAGGUUGCAGCAGGACUCAAACCUUCAGCGGCUUUGCCCUUUUGGUGACCAUCGGGAAUUAGGCCCACAGUCUACAAAGUGGAAUUUAGCAAAGGAGCCUCUUCUGGAAGAUGAUCCACUGAAGUCCAAAACCAAAAAAUGUCAUUCUGUUCAAGAUACUAUAUAUAUGUGUUCAGCAGUAUGCUAAUUAUAGCAUAGCUUAAUGAAUGCUUAUAUUCUGACAGGGGUCCUGGCAUAUAUUUUUGUUUGCCUAGUAGGCCCUAAUGACACAUUUCUCUGUAUUAUACUCUGAAUUUUAUAGUGUUCACAGCACAUUCAGAAGCCCAGUAUAUUGGACGCAAAUUUUCUUUUCUACACUAGAAGAAUGCAGAAGAAACCAUACUGGGUUUGCAGGUUUGCUUUUUGGCCUGGUACAGGUAGGCAUCAUGGGAUCCUUCAGCAUGAGCAAAGGGAGCUCACAGCUGAGACUACCAUGCAAGCAUAUUUUUAUCCUUGUGGAUGCAAAAAGCAACAGCAACAAGAAAAACCUUUGAAGAUGUACAGUUGUUUUUUUUUUUUACCUUCAGACUGAUCUGCUAAAUAAUAUAUUCUUCUACAGAAA